AUGGCGAUGCUAAGAGAGCUGCAGCUGUGUCCCAGUCUGUUCGCCACGACGACGGAUCAGUGCUCAGUUAUGGCAAAAAUGAAUGACUGGGCUGAGUGCCUGUGUGUCCGCGUGGUGACGCCUAGCGGGGCCUGCUACGAAGACGAGUUUGACGAGGACGGCCUUUCCAGGGUGAAGGCGACCCUUGGGGAACACUUAAGCUGGGCGCAUUUCUUUGGUGUAGUGCGUGUGGCCUUCAACACUGGCCAGGUGACUGUGCAAGUGACAAGCGACGCUUCUGUAGCGGUUCUGUGUCAUGUUGCCUCCGCCGGCGACGACAGUGAAGGUUGUGUGGCGGAGUUUACUGUGAGUAGGGUGGAUGCGCCUCUGAUGCCGACGCUUGUGAAGGCGCUGGUCGAUGCUUACCAUAUGCAGGCCCAUCCCAAGGCACAGCAGCAGCAGCUGGGCAAGCUGACCGAGGAGCUUCUCCAAGCGAAAAUGCGGGCGGAGCAAGUGGAAAGGGAGCUUCGUUUUUUGAAGGAAAGUGCUCUGAGGAAAAUAAAACUUGACACUCAGAAUACCCAGCGAAUUGAAAAACUGCAGGAAAAGAUUGCCAACUACACACUGAAUUCCCACGAUGGCAGCCAUCUUGCUGCAGCGGAAAAUGGAGGAGACACCCGUGGGGGGAGUUGCAGCACCGCGGCCCCCUCUACUAGAGGUCGUAUUAGACAGCCGCUUGGAGAGAAGGAGUGUAAGUCGUAUGAUCCUGAGCUUCUCUCUCUCAUCAAAAGUCGCUGGAUGACCGAGUCUGAUAUUGACGCGAAUUCCGCAUCUAAGCACGUCAUUAUGCCUCUCACUUUAUCCGCGCUGCCGAAUGGAACCCCCGUGUUUGCGAACAAACAACAGCAAGUUAUAUGGGAAGCCCUAGAUAAGUUGGAUGAGUGGGACUAUAACGUUUUCGAUGUACAAAGCGCCAUGAGCGGGGAUGAUUUCGCGACGCUGCGGCUUCAACCAAACGGUGGUUCGCUUUUUAUAACCAUGUACGCACUGUUGAUAAAGUAUAACUUUCUUUCAAAGUUUAACAUUGAUGAACAGAUUGCGUUGAACUGGAUCAGUAACGUCGAGGCUGGAUAUAAUGGCAAUCCGUAUCACAACUCCAUGCAUGCGGCAGAUGUUCUGCACGUCACCCACUACAUGCUAAGCAGGGGAGGAAUGAAAAAGCGUUGUCAGUUAUCCGACCUACAGGUGUUUGCGGCCCUCUUUUCGGCAGCUAUACACGAUUACAAUCACCCGGGUGUGAAUAAUAACUUUCAUGUCAGGACACAAUCAUAUAACGCAAUACUUUACAAUGAUCGCAGUGUACUGGAGAACUUGCAUGUCUCUAGUGUGUUUGAGCUGAUGAAAAAUCCAAGAUUCAACAUACUCGAGAACUUUUCAGAGGAUCAACGGAGGGAGUUUAGGGAAACCGUUAUUGAGAUGGUAUUGGCUACAGAUAUGGGUUUGCACGGAAAGUACAUUGCGCAGUUUAAGCGUCGUCUUGGGGAACACGCGAGUUUUACGGAGCGCGAAGACCAAAAUCUUGCUCUAGCCAUGACGCUGAAACUUGCUGACGUCUCAAACUGUAGCCGGCCGCUUGACAUUUACCUCAAGUGGAGCGCCAAGGUGUCGGAUGAGUUUUACCUGCAGGGGGAUCGGGAGCGGAACUUGGGUUUUGAGUGUAGCCCGUUCAUGGACCGCCUGGACCCCGUCCUCGCCAAGGGGCAGAUUUCAUUUAUGAACUACAUCAUUAUCCCCUUUCUUGAGUUGAUGGUGGGGUUGCUGCCCAACAUGCGAAUUUCGUUGGAGUGUGCUGAAAUCUGCAGGAAGUACUGGAUGCAGUCUGGGGAGAAGUGA